CCACCCCCCGGCAUCGGAAGCCAAGCGAGCACCACAAGCACAGGCAGCGGCAGCGGCAGCAGCUCAGCCUCGGUCGGUCACAGCUUCUCGCGCUCGAUCGCGGCAAGGAGACGACGCGCGGAAUGGGCGGGUGCUUCUCCUCGGGGUCGGCGGGCGAGGACGCGGUCGGCGGCGAGAAGAGGGUGGUGAGGGUGUGGCCCAGCGACGAGGACGGCGGCCGGUGGCCGUACUACGUUGGGGAGCGGGACGUGGACAACAAGGCGGCCAUCUUCAUCGCCAACUUCCACCGCCACCAGUCCGGCGUCUGCGACUGCCCCGACCAGCAGCAGGCGCCGGCCGCCGCCGCCGCCGCCGCCUCAGCUAGCUAGCUGAGAUCGGGCGAGCACGAGCGCCACCGUGCAAGGUGCAGUUAAGCAAGGCUUCCGAGAUGAAGAUCGAGUAACGAGCAGUGUCUUGGUUUUGGUCGAAUCGCUUCAUUCCCAGUUCUUUCCUCUGCCGCUUCCUGCCAUUUCAUUCCUGUAGGAUGAUGAAUCGAGCUCAGUAGCUGCUAAUGAAUAAUCGAGAGGGUCGUUCUAGAGUAUGCUGUAGCAUGUAAAUUUGUUCGAUAUAUAUACACAUAUGUGAAGAUCAGAGAGAUUAUCUA